AUGGAGAUACAAGAGCCAAGAAUAGAGACUGUUAGAGAAGAAAUUAAUGAUUUUUUGGUAACAGUAGAGAAGAAGGAAGGUAUUCCUUUGUAUUUUACUGAGAAUAUUGUGAGCAUCAGUAGCAAUAUUGCCAAGAUCGAGUUUGUGCAGUACUAUUUCAAUCCCAGUUCUGAGCCUGUAGAAGCCAUGUAUUUCUUUCCAGUUCAUAAUGAUUGUACAUUCACUGAUUUCGAAGCCAGGUUUGGGAAAGAAAUCAUUAAAGCCACAGUUGAAGAGCGCAGGAAAGCGAAAAUCAAGUAUGAUGAUGCUGUGGCACAAGGGAAAACAGCAUUUAUGGCACAGCCAGCCACAAAUUCUCAGGAUAUGAUCAGAAUUGAUAUGGGGAACUUGCCACCAAAAAGCCAGAUCAUCAUAAUUUGCACAUUUCAUCAGACUAUGGAAGUUGAUGAUUUAAGUUGGAAACUUCAUAUCCCCUCAAAGAUAAUGCCAAGAUACAUGGGAGAUCUCACCGAAUAUCGGAAGACUGGUCAGCAUCUCAAAGAUAUGGCACAGGAUAUGCAUCAAGACACACCUGAAGAUCGACUAGAAGAAAUCAUAGAGCAUAUCACUGCUUAUUACAACUCUUCUUCUUUUAACUGGAGCAUCACAGUCAGCAUCAACUCUCAAAGCUCGAUCCAUCGUGUGGUCAGUCCUUCACAUGAUAUCAAAGUAGAUUUUCUGGAUCCAACCAAUAAAGAUGCAUUCGUGGAGCUUGCUGAACCAGGCCUGACAACUUUCUUCGACAGAGACUUCGUGCUGUUGUACCGGAAUCAUGAAAUCAACAAGCCCAUGGUGCUCAUGCAGAAAAGAGGCCUUGAGUACGCUCUCAUGGUUUCCAUGCUUGCAGACAUAUCUCCAGAUUACAAGGCGAGCAAACACAGAAUCACCAGCAACACUAAAGUGGACUUGGAUCCGAAAGUAAGAUACCUGAAGAAGCUCGAAGAACAAAUGAAGCCAGCAGAGUUCAUAUUCUUGUUGGACAGAAGCUACUCGAUGACUGGAAGGCCUAUGGAAACAGCAAAGAGUGCAUUAAUAUUGUUUUUACAUAGUCUUCCACCAAAUUCAAGAUUCAAUAUCAUCUCUUUUGGAAGCACAUUUGAGAAAUUAUUUUCAGAUACCGUCUCUUACAACCAAGCAAGACUUUCAUCAGCAAUCAUUAAAAUCAAACAGUUUUCUGCAGACUUAGGUGGAACAGAGAUUUAUUCGCCUUUAAAGGCAAUCUUCUCAAAGAGAGAUCAAUAUCCAGAACUAGAGAAGCAUGUUUUCAUCCUGACUGAUGGAGCAGUAUUCAGUCCACAAUUAUGUUCAGACUUGAUUAGAGAAAGCUGAAACAGAGCGAAGAAUUUUGCAGUUCAUACUAUUGGAGUGGGAGACUAUGUCAGCACACAAUUAGUCAUUGAAUGUGCCAAAGCGGGCAGUGGCAAAUACUACUUUGUCCAAAAUUAUACAGAAGACCUCGAGAAAACAGUUGUUGACAGCUUAUGCAAAUGCUUCGAAGAUAAAAUAGUAAUCUCACAAAUGGGCUUAGCCACAAAUGGAGACAAGAAAUACCAAUUCCCAGAAAUAGAAAAGGUUCCUUCUCGACUCUUCAACGGAGACUACUUUACAUAUUUCUGCAUCAUCAAUGAUGUUGAAGACAAGUUGGAAGGAUCCCUGUCAAUCAAGCUUUCGAUGAAGCUCGGUACUAAAAAGAAGAAAUACUUAUUUAACAUGCAGGAGGACGUGAAGCUAAUUGGAGGAGACUCGAUCUUCAAAAUGUUCUGAAGCAGCUACAUCAGAGAUCUUGACAAGAGCUGGGCCAACAAAGAAGCCAUUGUUAGUUUAGCCACUGAGUACCAGAUUCCUAGCAAGCACACUGCUUUAAUAGGUAAGCCUUAUCUGAUAAAAUAUCCCCUCACAAAAAAUCCUUCUUUUCUGACAUAGUG